UUUGGCAACACCACCAGGAAGUAGACUGCAGCGCACCUGGCAUGUCAAAUGACCCUAACAAUCUCUAAUUGCAUAUUUCAGAGCUACAGAGAAUUUGUAAGCUUGUAAGUUUCCUAACUCAUUUGGAUGGAUUUCUCGCGACUGUUUCAUUGAUAUAAUUCGUAACUAGCGGUCAAAAGUGCCUCUUGCUCAAUGGCCAGUUCUUUUCCAAGUGUAUCCGAGCUUGUGUCGGAUGCUCGGCGGGUGUAUGCGCAGGUGUUCGGAGAUGAGGCUCCUCAGACGGCAGUGUGUGCUCCUGGAAGAGUCAACCUGAUAGGGGAGCACACAGACUACAACCAGGGGUUUGUGCUUCCAAUGGCGCUGCCCCUGGUGACUGUGGUGGUGGGGAGCCAAACCUCUGGCCAGGAUGUUACCGUGGUAACAGUGAAUGAGGAUACCGAUGAGCCUCGGAGAGUGGACUUCAUCCUGCCCACUGAUGGAUCCCCACUGGCUCCAGGGUUACCCAGCUGGGCAAACUAUGUGAAGGGUGUUAUAGAGCAUUACAGGGCUCCUCCUGUCCCAGGUUUCAGGGCCGUGAUAGCCAGCAGUGUUCCCCUGGGAGGGGGUUUGUCCAGCUCUGCCUCGCUGGAGGUGGCUUUCUACACAUUCCUGCAGCAACUGAAGCCAGAUGACGGAGACAAGGUAUCCAAAGCAGUGGCCUGUCAGAAGGCAGAGCACACUCAUGCUGGUGUACCGUGUGGCAUUAUGGAUCAGUUUGUGUCUGUUCUCGGCAGGGAGGGCCAGGCUCUGCUCAUCGACUGCAGGUCGCUGGAGACCACCUCUGUCCCUCUGGCAGAUCCAGGCCUGCUCAUUCUCAUCACCAACUCCAACGUGAAGCACUCUCUGACCGGCAGUGAGUACCCCAUGAGACGCAGACGGUGUCAGCAGGCGGCCUCCAUCCUGGGGAAGGACAGUCUCAGAGAAGCCACCAUGCAGGACCUGGAGGAGGCUCGCGACAGACUGGAUGAUGUAACCUGUCGAAGAGCUCGUCAUGUGAUUGAGGAGAUAGAAAGAACUGUCCACGCUGCUGACGCCCUGAAGAGAGGAGCCUACAAAGAGUUCGGCAAGCUUAUGGUGGAGAGCCACAACUCGCUCAGAGACUUGUAUGAGGUGAGCUGCAGGGAGCUGGAUGAGCUGGUGUCUGCAGCCCUGGAGGUGGAGGGGGUGUUUGGCAGCCGGAUGACGGGCGGAGGAUUUGGUGGAUGCACCGUGACUUUGCUGCAGGCCAGUGCUAUUGACAGGACUAUACUCCACAUACAGGAGCGAUACAGUGGAACCCCGACUUUCUAUGUCACAACUCCUUCAGAGGGAGCUCGGGCUCUCAGUCUGCCAUGACCUUUGUCAAUGCAUCUCUGCUUUUUAACAGAUCCAUUCCUCUUUUAUAGGCUUCUCUAUUUGAUUUUGAUUUUCAAUGUUCACUCUUAAAAUUAAAAUGAUGCUGUCAUGCAUACUGUUUUUUGUUACAUUAGUUAUCUUUACUGUUUAUGCCAUUUAACUAAACAUCCGACCUAAACACUAACUGUUCAUUAAACACAUUGCUGCCUUGCGACAGUCUUAAACAACAUGCAGGUAAUGCAUCAAACACUGUUAUAUUAUACUGUGCAGGUAUUGGAAUACCAAAUGUCUUUAAGAAUUCCCUGUAUGUAAGAAAGAGGCCGUUCUCAUUAAUCAGUGUGAGCAAAAUAUUGUUUUGGACCCAUUUGUCAGAAGAUUGACUUAUUUCUAUACUUUAUUUUCUUAUUAUUCCAUAUCAAAUGUUCAUGGGGAGAGAAACUCUUAUAAAUAAAAAGCUAACAUAAAAGAGCCUACCUGUGAAAAUCAGAAAACAGGAGAGAAUUUAUUUAAACCAAAAUUGCAAUAAGGAAAAAACUCUGUUCGCCUAAUCUUUUAAAGAUAGAAUUUGGAAUUAAGUACCGUAACUUAUCUUUAUUUUGAAUAUAAUGUUUUAUCCAGUUCAACUUGGAAAUUAUAUUAGAUGAAUGGAAAUCGAGCACAUUAAUGCCUCCUUGAUUGUAUGAAUUAUAUAAGAUAUUUUGUUUAAAUAGUGAGGAUCAAGAUAUACUGUAUUUUGGAGAAUAAAGAAAUGUCAAAUCAUA